AUGGCUCCUUCAUCUACUAUUACAUGUUCAUCAACAGUGCAGAUUCUUACCUUGACUAUUUUUUCACUUGGCUUAUUUUGCUCUGCUUUUACCUCUCGAGAUUAUUCUGAAGCUCUUGAAAAAUCGAUCCUGUUUUUUGAGGGACAGCGAUCCGGCAAAUUGCCGUCUAACCAGCACGUCAAAUGGAGAGGAAAUUCCGGCCUCUCUGCUGGUUCCUCUGAUCGGGUGGACCUAGUAGGCGGCUAUUAUGAUGCAGGUGAUAACAUUAAGUUUGGCCUGCCUUUGGCUUUCACAACUACAUUAUUGUCAUGGAGUGUGAUUGAAUUUGGUAGCUCAAUGAAGAACCAGGUUACACAUGCCAGAAGCGCCAUUCGAUGGAGCACAGAUUAUCUUUUGAAGGCAGCUACUGCUACUCCUGGCACCUUAUAUGUCCAAGUAGGAGAUCCUAAUGCUGAUCACCAAUGCUGGGAGAGGCCUGAAGAUAUGGAUACGCCACAAAAUGCGUACAAAGUCUCUACUCAGAACCCAGGGUCUGAUGUAGCAGCAGAGACAGCCGCAGCACUAGCUGCAGCUUCUAUUGUGUUUAAAGAUUCCAACCCUCCAUACUCCUCCAAAUUGCUUAAAACUGCCAUGAAGGUAUUCGAAUUUGCAGACAAGUACAGGGGUUCUUAUAGUGACUCUCUCAGCUCAGUUGUUUGCCCAUUUUACUGCUCUUACUCUGGAUACCAGGACGAGCUUCUCUGGGGGGCAGCAUGGUUAUAUAAAGCUUCGCGGAACAGUUCAUACUUGUCUUACAUCAAAUCCAAUGGCCCAUCAUUGGGAGCAAACGAUGAUGACUACUCCUUCAAUUGGGACAACAAGCGAGCAGGCACCAAGGUCCUUCUUUCCCAGGAGUUCUUAAAAGAAAAGAACCAAGAUUUUCAAUCAUACAAAUUUCACUCGGACAACUACAUUUGCUCUUUAGUUCCAGGAUCACCUAAUUUCCAAGCUCAAUACACACCAGGGGGACUUUUGUACAAAGCAAAUGGGGUCAAUUUGCAGCAUGUAACUGCGGCUUCUUUGCUCCUUUUGACAUACGCCCAGUAUCUCAACUCAAAUAGAGGAGCCGUCACUUGCGGGGCUUCAGCUCUAAAACCAAAAGAUCUCAUAAAACUAGCGAAGAAACAGGUGGACUACAUUUUAGGCGAUAAUCCGGCAAAAAUGUCUUACAUGGUGGGGUUUGGGCAGAAGUAUCCACAGCGUGUUCAUCACAGAGGCUCAUCGCUGCCGUCGAUUCAUGAUCAUCCUGGUCACAUCGACUGCAAAAACGGGUUUGAUUACUUCCACUCUUCCUCAUCCAACCCUAAUCCCCUCGUUGGGGCCGUAGUAGGCGGUCCUGAUAAUAAUGACAAUUUCUCCGAUGAUCGUAGUAACUAUGAACAAUCCGAGCCGGCUACUUAUAUCAAUGCACCGUUUGUUGGUGCCCUUGCUUUUUUCUCAGCCGGAACCGGAGCCAGGACAAACUAAGUGUAUCUUUAUCAUCUCGCUCUUGAAGAAAAGCUGAUUAGAAUUUGAUUUUUUCAAUACUAAUGUGGACGAAGAACGCAAUAGCGCCACAUUGAUUUUUCAAUAAUAACG